AUGGAUAGCCAUGACUCACCGGAUUCUACCGACGAUGAUCUCUCGGGACCCGUCCCCAAUCUCCUGUCAACUUCUUCCCUUCCUUCGCUCGAGUCUCAGCUCCCAGCCCUGCAUUCCGUCGGCGACAACCCCUCCCCAGCGAUGCCCCGGUCGUCCACUCCGCUUGGCCACGUUAAUGCAGCCCGAAAACCUCCCGUUCGUCCUCCCGGCGCCAUCCCACGCUCGAGCGGUUUGAACCAGGACAUCCAGGCGAAAAUGAAGGCCUUUUCGCUCUCUAGACAAGGGGCUCCACCCGGGGCGAACCCGUACUUGAACAGCAAUAUGCCUGGAGGAAGUCCCAUCGUUGGUUCUGCAAUCCAGGGUAUUACUCUGGUUGGUGGUCCGAUACCGGGAGGCAUGGCGAGACUGCCAUCCCAUUCCUCCCCUGUGUGGCCGGCGCAUUCUCCCGGAUCAAACCCCAAUAGCCCGGUAAUACAACAAAAAAUGGGCGGUUUAGCUGCAAAGAGGGGGCUUAAUCGUGGCAUGAAGCUGUCUGACGCUACCGGACCUCAUCCUGGGGCAGCCAACCUGGGGCAAUUUGGAAGUUUUCCGGGUGCAUCAGCUGUUUCACAAGACGCUAGAGGCCCUCCUGAGACCCUGUUCUCCAAAUACUCAGACUUCGUUGACACGAAGGCAGGGACUUUAAAUUUCCGCAACAAGGCUAUUAUCCACAGUGGCGGCAUAGACUUUACCUCGGGGAGCAGCUUCAGCAUCUCGUUAGAUGAAGUUGACACCCUUGAGGAAUUGGGCAAGGGCAACUACGGUACCGUCUACAAGGUUCGACACUGUCGUCCGCAUAUGCGAAGACCUGGCGUGGGAUUACGUGGCACACUUACAAGACAGCAGUCGUCGUCUCAAACAACGACACCGCUCUUUAAUGACGCAAAAUGCAACACAUCCAACGUCAUCAUGGCCAUGAAGGAAAUCCGCCUCGAACUAGACGAAGCAAAAUUCACCGCCAUUAUUAUGGAGUUGGACAUCCUGCACCGUUGUGUAUCACCGUUCAUCAUCGAUUUCUACGGUGCAUUUUUCCAGGAGGGCGCUGUGUACAUUUGUGUGGAAUACAUGGACGGUGGGUCCGUUGAAAAAGUUUAUGGCGACGGAAUCCCCGAGAAUAUCCUCCGAAAAAUCACUCUGUCCACGAUCAUGGGUUUGAAAUCUUUGAAGGAUGAACACAACAUCAUCCACCGCGACGUUAAACCGACUAAUAUCCUAAUCAACACGCGUGGGCAGAUCAAGAUUUGUGAUUUUGGCGUCAGUGGGAAUCUGGUGGCUAGUAUCGCGAAAACCAACAUCGGCUGCCAGAGUUACAUGGCUCCGGAGCGGAUUUCUGGUGGUGGCGCCACUCCCGGUGGCGGAACAUAUAGUGUUCAGAGCGACAUAUGGAGCUUGGGUCUGACAGUGGUCGAAUGCGCCAUGGGCCGGUAUCCCUACCCUCCCGAGACGUUCAACAAUAUUUUCAGCCAAUUGAACGCCAUCGUCCACGGCGACCCACCCAAACUGCCCGAAGAAGGCUACUCGGCCGAAGCCAAGGAUUUCGUCCAAGGCUGUCUGAACAAAAUCGCCGCGCUGAGACCCAGUUACGACCACCUCCUCCGCCACCCCUGGCUAUCAUCCCUGAGACAACCACCUAAUUACCACCACCCACCCCGCCGCCACCGGACGACCGACGGAGACAGCGCCGAUGGUGUCGGCAUGGACAUGGACAUUGACAUGGACAUGGACAUCGGCAUCACCGCCAACGUCGACCCUUCCAAAUGCACCUCGACACCCUUCGAAACGGCCGAUGGGGAAGUUGCUGCGUGGGUCAUUGAUGCGCUGGAUAGGCGUGCGCGGGGGGUCAUGGGCAAGCUGGAGCGGCCGGCGCUGCAUGCUGUGGCGCUCGAUGCGGUUCCGGGGAGUCCGUUGCUGGAGCAUUCGUCGGCGCCGUCGCGUAAUUAA